AUCUAUAUAUCUCCAGGAGAUGAGGCCUUCUACGCUGCCGUCGAUACUUAUCUCAUCGAUGCCACUUGGGUCCCACAGACAACCUGGAAGAACACCACGGCUGCGGCACAAACGAAUACCGCUCAGUAUACGACGGGGCUCACUGUCACCGCAGGCUCUGAUGUUACCGCCGCUGUUGGAAUCGCAGCAGCUUAUGAUGGCCUUUCGAUCACCAUGGAUGCCUCUGUGAAGACAUUCGCUGAUUAUGAGACGACCGACAGCAUGGAAAAAGUUGUCAUGUUGGACGUCCCUCCGCUCUCGACGGUGACAUUCUAUCAAAGGAAGUAUCGGUUCAGAGACACGAUGUUCUUCAUCUUGGAUGCGUGGAAUGCCGAGUGGAAUGCUGGCUCCUGGGGGGGAUAUGACAUCACGAGGAAGGAUUGCGCAGUUGAGAUUAUGAGCGAGGACUAUCUGACUACGGUCAUCCCGUUGAAUGGUACCACUACAGGUACGAUGGUGGUGAAUACAGUUUCGAGGGCGGAGCAGGAGAGCGCCAGGGUGACGCGGACGCGCGAGAGUCUUACUGAGAGAGCAAAGGAAGCGCUUGACAGUAUUGUUGUUUAA